AUGAGUUUGCAGCCCAGGCGAGAAUAUCACAUUGUUGUGCUUGGUGCUGGAGGAGUAGGGAAAAGCUGUCUCACGGCCCAAUUCGUGCAAAAUGUCUGGAUUGAGAGCUAUGACCCGACCAUCGAGGACUCUUACCGAAAGCAAGUCAAUGUCGACGGUCGACAAGUUAUGUUGGAAAUCCUCGACACAGCCGGCACUGAACAAUUCACAGCAAUGCGCGAAUUAUACAUGAAACAAGGCCAGGGCUUUCUCCUCGUCUUCUCCAUCUGCAACAUGAACUCGUUCUACGAAUUGGCCGAACUGCGCGAACAGAUCGUCCGCAUCAAAGACGACGAGGACAUCCCUCUCGUCGUCGUGGGCAACAAGUCCGACAUGGAAGACGACCGCGUGGUGCCCCGCGCACGGGCUUUUCAACUCGCCCAGUCAUGGGGACAAAAGCCGUACUAUGAGACGAGUGCACGGCGGAGGACGAAUGUCGACGAAGUGUUUCUGAAUCUAUGCGCGCAGAUCAUACAGAAGGAAGGCGCAAGAAAUCUCCUAGCCGAGCAGCAGGCUGCUGCGAGAAGGAGAGAGAGGCCGAACCGGCACGAUCGCAGAGGCCGGCGGCAGAGAAAUCGGGACAGGUGCGUGAUUUUGUGA